CAAACCAAAUCUCUUAGGUAAAGAAAAAUGGGAAGAUCUCCUUGUUGUGAUGAGAGUGGCCUCAAGAAAGGCCCUUGGACUUCUGAAGAAGAUCAAAAACUUAUGAAAUACAUUCAGAAAAAUGGCCAUGGAAGCUGGAGAGCCCUUCCAAAACUUGCAGGGUUGAACAGAUGCGGCAAGAGUUGCAGGUUAAGAUGGACAAACUAUCUUAGGCCGGAUAUAAAGAGAGGGAAGUUUUCUCAAGAAGAAGAACAAACAAUUCUUAAUCUCCAUUCCAUCCUCGGCAACAAAUGGUCAGCAAUUGCGAGCCACCUACCCGGUCGGACAGACAAUGAAAUCAAAAAUUUCUGGAACACCCAUUUGAAGAAAAAGCUAAUUCAGAUGGGUUUUGAUCCGAUGACUCACCGGCCCCGGACUGAUAUCUUCUCCAGCUUGCCUCAUCUUCUAGCUCUUGUCAAUUUGAAAGAGCUUCUAGACCAUGGAAGCAGUCACCAAUCCAGUUGGGAUGAACAAGCUUUGAGAUUACAAGCAGAAGCUGCUCAAAUAGCUAGGCUUCAAUACCUACAAUGUCUCCUCCAAUCUAAUAACAAUUCCUUUGGAGCUGCUACCCCAAACAACCUAAAUGACUUCACUGACAUGGAGACCAUUAAUCUUUUGAAUUCACUCUGUUCAUCUCAGCUGGAUAUUCAAAACCCUACUGCACAAUACCCUGUUGGUAAUUUUCAACCAGUAGUCCAAGAUAAUUCAGUCCCUUUCUCUCAUUUGCCUGACUUGCAAGCCUAUCCAACACCACCAAGCAAGGACAUGGUUGAUAAUCAAGCUCCAGAUCAAUUUACUGCAGUUUUGAGCCAAGAUGAAAGCUCUCCAAAUAAUCCAUGGAAUAUUCCUUCGUCUUCAAAUACCACUCCAUCUCCUACUUCGGUGGCUCCUCCCGUGACAGUGACAGAGGCUUCAGUAAGCAACAACAUGGGUGAUGCUUGCAGCACUUCAAGCUAUGGAGGAGUGGCUACUUCAGCGUGGUCUGACCUUCUUUUUGAGGACCCUUUUUUCAAUGAGAUUGCUUAAUUAGGUAUAUGUGUGCUAAACACUUCGAAUUGCACGAUCACCAAACUUUCUUUUAUUUCUUCUUUUGGGUUACAAUAUUAUCACCACUUUGAUAUCUGUACUUGCUGAGUAUAUAUAUAUAUAUAUAUAUACACGCUUCAAUUUAUGUAUAACUGUAAGAGGAGUUUCGUUU